UACAUCGGAUCGGAACUGGCAGCUCCGAUUGUUCUAAAAUUUGGUGGGUUAACGACUGAAUCGACCACCACAAAUCCACGUGGGUUUGAAGUGGUUUUACAGUGGGUUAAGGACGAUUUGGUUAUUUGGGAAUUUUCCCCUUCCGGUGGGAGAACGCCAUCCUCCUCUUCCCCUGCCUUCCUAUCAACUAGAAGCCUAUUUCUACCUUUCCUCCACCCAGCAGCUCCCUAUACACAAUAUUUCAAAAUCAAACACACAAAUAACCACCGUUCUCGGCCGUUUUGUUUACAAUUUCAUGCGCAUGUGCGUGCUAAAAGGCAAACACGAAAAAAGCGUCUCCCGUCGCCAUCGUUCACUGUGACUGCACCGGACGACAACUGCUGAUAAGAAGCGGGAAGAGUGGGGGGGAAAACGCGACAAGGGAUAGGGCGCGUGUUGGUAGAGCAGUGUAGGGAAAAUGCCGACGACAACGCAAACGCAGCCGAGUCGGUGCCAACGGUGGUAGAGUUGGAAGAGGCGAGUCAGAGUGCAAGAAAGAGCGAGACCGAGAGAGGCCCUAACCGUAAACUUAUUAUCAGCAGCACCGAAUUCCAGCAUCAUUGACAGAGUGGCAACACAGACGGAACGAGGAAAAGAUUAUUGAUUUCAGCAAUGUGAUGUGAGCAGCGGGCCAACAAACGAAGCCGCCAGAAUCGAAACGGUGAAUCCCAGCAGAACCGGAAACGUUGCAUCGCCUACCACUCUCUGCCGUUGCUGGGCAACUGUGAAAAAGUGAUUUUGCUGUAGUGAUUAAUUUUCCACUAAAAAAGGCACUCUGCUCUGUAGGUGUGUGUGUGUGUGUCGUGUACGUGUCUUCUGGAAUUUUGGAGUGUCCCAGUGCGAUAGUAAAAUGUUGAAGCAGGAAAACUUGGCCGCCAACUUCUGUGGGCUACUGUCCGUUAGUGGAAAUAAAGAUGUCGCUAUCGAGUGGCGCAUUCUGGGGAAGGAGCAGGAUAGCUCACUUCUCGCUAGCUGGGUAUCGUUCGACCCCCGGAAAGGACGCGAGGAGCAACGAACGAACGUCGGCAUUUACACGCCGAAAAGCAAAACGUUCGACGUGCUGUACACCUUCCCGGGCCGAGAGAACGUAAUUCAGGCUUCAGUUAACCUCACGCACACCCUGCUGCUGUACGUAACAAAGCAGAUCAAGCAGGACGAGUCCGGCCACAACGGGGACAUUUACCGUGCGUACCUGGUGGAGGUGCGCCCCAAACUGGACGCGGCACAGCCCCACCUGCUGCUCGAGGUCGAGCGCAACCGGCAGGUGAUGGCAACGUUCCUCUGGCGCAAGCUGUCCACCUUCGAGAAGCACUAUCAGGACAAAUUUUUGCUCCUGGUACACCACGAGCACGUGCUGCUGUAUACGGCGUCGUUGAAAAAGCUCGAACAGCAGUCGGAGGAGGAGCAUGCGCUUGCUGCGGGGAGCAGUAGCCGCAUCGAUUACACCAACCCCAACGCCUGGGAGUUGGAUCGGGACGGGCUGAAAAGUGAAACGCUCACGAAAGCCUUCAUAUGGGCGCAGUGGGAUCCAACCGUCCAAGCCCUAUACUACAUUCAUCUCAAACCGACGGCACGCACCAUCUUCGAGAAGGAGGACGACGCAGCGGGCGAGCAGGGCGAACCGACCAAACGGCUACAGCCGACCCUGUCCGCGUUUCAGUUUCACGACGAUCUGCCCACCGAAACGGUGCUGAACAUUCCGCUGAAUUUGCCUAAAAUUCCUUCCUCCAGCAGUGAGGACAUCUACGAGGACGAUACCGUGCCGCUGCGCAUACACGACUCGUCGCUCAAUCUCGUCAUCGUGAGCGACGAGUCGGGGAUGCUGUUCGUCUGCCACUACUACCUGUACCAGCCGGUCAAGCAGCGGGAGGAGGAGGCACCACCGGCGAACGGUGGGACCACUGCGCAGACCAUCUUCGACGUACACUUUGCGUACUCGGUGACGAUCCUGCACCACGGGUGCGUCAUACACUGCGUCAUGCCGGGCAUACCGUGGGAGAAGGCGAAGUUGAUGAAGCCCACGUUUACGCUGCACGGCGACCACCACGUGCUGGUGUUUCAGGCGGACCUGUUCAUGCACCUGCUCGAUGUGGGAUUGUCGCACGAACCGUCGUGCCAUAUCGUGUGCGCACCGUUUACCCGUGCGCCCAUUACGCAGCUGGUGCCGUGCUUCGCGACCAACAACAUUUGCUACGAUUCGGCCACGCUCGAUCUCAUCUCGAUCACGAUACCGAAGUCGCAUCUGAUCGAUGCGUUCCGGAACGACACGUCGAUCGACAAUCGGUUGGCGAUCGUGCACUACUUCCUGGCGCACUCGACCGGGGGUGAUAUUAUUGAAAUCUUUUCCGAGAUCCUGAGCAUCAUCAUGGAACGGCCACUUCAUCUGGACACGGUGCCGCUGCUGAAGGAAGCACUCGUGGCGGGCACGUACGCAUCGGCCAAGAAAGGGCUCACCCAGGACCAGCUGGCCCUGUUCCGGCUGCUUCCGCUAACCACCUGCAGCUCGAGCAAGCCGAUCGAAGCCAAGGUGGGCAAGCUGAGCGUGGGCCUGUCGCACGAAACGCUCUACAACACGUCGAUGAUGUUGCUGUCGCCCCAGCAGCGCCUCUCGCCCUUCCGCAAAGACAUCUGGACGCUGCUGUGGGAUCGGCUGAGCGACACCGGUGGCAGCAGCAAGGAACGGCCCCGCUUCCACCAGGAGCAGGUGCGCGAGAAGCUGAUGUACUCGCUCGCCUGCUACCAGCCGGAGGCGCUGUCCCGCUGCACCACCCCAAUGUCGCCCGCCAACCCGAUCGGUGGGGCCACGUUCGGGCUGGACUUUGUGGCGGGUGCCGGUGGCGUCGGCGGCGGUGCCCGUGCCAGGCUGCAGAACGAUCUACCGUUCGUGGAAACGGAGGCGUGCACCGCCAACAAGCAGGAGCUGGUGCUGAACGUGAAUCUGCGCGAGCUGAGCAUGCAUCUGGUGAAGCACAGCGUAAAGGAGGUGACCGGCUUCCGGUGGCUAAAGAACGCCUUUUACGACACCAAUCCGGCCACAUCGCACGUGCAUGCCGUUGCGACGCGCUACGUCGCCGCGCAGCUGGAACAAUCGCGCGCGCUGUGCGUGCUCGCCUGCCGUACGGCCGGCCUAGACCAUGCGCUCGCUGUGGAGGGCUCGGAAAGCCGCGGCUUUGCGCUGAUCGAUCAGCUUGAGCGGGCCCUGCAGGUACGGCUGUUUGCCAUGCUCGAGCGGUACUGUUUGGCGGUGGAGACGCUUGCCUUUCCGCUGCCGCUCGGUUUCUGCUCGUUCUUUUCGUACCUCGGCUACCGGGCGCUGCCGUUCGACGGGUUCAUGCAGUACGUCGAGCACCACGUGUUCGAGCUGCAGAUCGACGUGGUGAAGGUGAUCUUUGCCGACAUCGAGGACACACCGGACGGGAUUCGGCGGAAGCUGAAUCUGCUCAUGAUACUGCCCCGGUCGAGGGCACGCCGGCUGCUGAACAGCUGGAACCAUCCGGUGAGCGCGAUGCUGCGCGGGCGCGAACACGCGAUGAACAUUCUGUCCGGCAACUCGGUGCAUCCGCGCGGAUCGUCGCAUCUGAGGAAGCGCGACUAUCAACCGAAAGUUGCCACUUGCUUUAGUAACGGCUGUGAUCGUUUUUUCGGUUGGUUCGGUUGCGCGCGCUCAGAUGUAAAACAUUGCAUGCCCUCGCCGCCAUCAUUUCACGCGAGCCGUUCGGUUCGCAAACUGCCACCGGCUGCAUCCUCCUCACCCUCAUCCUGCUCGGAAGCUUCCUCGCCCAUCUCAUCCUCCGAGUACGAUCAGAUGGAAAACUCGUCCCGGUCGCGCAAUCUGCGUACCUACGCGAGCCUCAACGCGCUCCGGCUCGUUACGUCCCCUUCGUCGCUGGUCGAUCUGGAGGCGGGCAGCGGCACUGCCAGCGACCGGGCCGGGGAGGAUGAAAAGGAGGAACAGCAGCCGCCCAACGUUACCAUUACCUUUGGCAGUUCCCGGUCGACGGGGUCGAAUGGGGCGGCGAGAACGCGCUUCCAGCGGUUCCGCUGCACCUCCUCUACGUCCUCGUUUUUGAUGCAACUUUGCCGUGACUCACCGUCGGAUAAAAUUGUCCGACUGUCCAGACGGCAUGCAGCGCCUGCCCGUGCCCGUUGCCUUAAUGCCGGACUGGAUGCGUCCCUGAAAACAACGCUCCUGCUAGGCGUUGGAUAUUUAAUUCUGGCCAGCACGAUCAUCGCUGUGGUCGUGUUUGCUACACUCGAAUUCCGCAUUGUCCCAUCAAUAGCCUGGUGUACGCAGGCGAUUAGAAUGCUUUUUUAAAACGACAGCUUCCAUCCGUUCACUGAGUCGUUCACGAGGCUCGAAACACGCAUCAUUCCAUUUUCCCAUCUGCAUGCAUCAUUUAUUGGUUUUAAAAUAUUUAUUUAUUUAUUCUGUUUUUUUGGUAGUUUUUUUUUUUGCUUUUGUUUUGCUUCUGCACUUGGAAUGCUGUUGCGUUUUCCAUUUCCAUGCAAAAAAUAACUGCACUCUGUCUGAUAGAGCCUAUUUAGUAAUUUCCCCCCUCGUUCAACAUUCGUUUUAGAUCUCAGCCAAGGUUUAGGGGCGGCCCGGAAGCUCCAGCAACCGUUGGACAAUUUCCUCGACCUACUUACCGCCAAAGCGAACCUGAACGAACUUGACUUUA